AUGCGUAAAUUUGCCGCCGUAACCAUUGUUGUCGUGGUUUCCUUCCGAUUCGUGGCACAGCUGAUGACGUCCGUUUGCCUCAAUGAUGAUACAAAUAAUCAAUCACUCGUGUUACUUGAUGAUCAGCAAAAAAAUCAUUACGCCUGGGACGAAUGUGUCAUUCGACUUCGGUCGAUAGAGUCUCCGAAUGCGGAUGCGUUGAAGCAUCCAAAGUUGUUGGACCACAUCCGGAAAAAAGUGAUAAUUGAUUUAGGAGAAAGAAGGGGACGGACAAGGAUCCCUGUUGAUGGUGCUGAUGAGGAUCCCUCCACGGGACAAUUCAUGUCUCGGCUGAUUGUCCCCAAGUUCUUCUUGAACUCGUCGGUGAAGUACGAAGGAAAGUUUUUCGAAGCCGGGGCUUUGGAUGGAAAAUUUGCAUCCACGACUUAUUUUUUGGAACGCAAAUUAGGCUGGUCUGGUUUGUUGGCAGAGGCAAAUCCCUUGAAGCACCAGGAGAUCAUCAACUCUUCCGAAAGACGAGCAUUAUUCGCUGCUGCUUGUUUAUCGCCGGAAACGAAGCCAUGUCACGGAACUUUCGGAGUGGCUCAUCUGGAGUCGGGCCCAGUGCCCAACGACGUGUACUGGUACGGGAAGCUGUUGUCCGGGUCCGGGUUGCGGAAGACGCGGCGCGUGGACCCGGGCUGGCGGGUGUUCACGGCCCGGGUCACCUGCUUCCCGCUCUACUCGCUCCUCGUGGCGGCCAACUUGACCAGGAUCGAUUUCCUCUCGCUCGAUUCGUCGGUGAAGUACGAAGGAAAGUUUUUCGAAGCCGGGGCUUUGGAUGGAAAAUUUGCAUCCACGACUUAUUUUUUGGAACGCAAAUUAGGCUGGUCUGGUUUGUUGGCAGAGGCAAAUCCCUUGAAGCACCAGGAGAUCAUCAACUCUUCCGAAAGACGAGCAUUAUUCGCUGCUGCUUGUUUAUCGCCGGAAACGAAGCCAUGCCACGGAACUUUCGGAGUGGCUCAUCUGGAGUCGGGCCCAGUGCCCAACGACGUGUACUGGUACGGGAAGCUGUUGUCCGGGUCCGGGUUGCGGAAGACGCGGCGCGUGGACCCGGGCUGGCGGGUGUUCACGGCCCGGGUCACCUGCUUCCCGCUCUACUCGCUCCUCGUGGCGGCCAACUUGACCAGGAUCGAUUUCCUCUCGCUCGAUGUGGAGAGCAUUGAGCCACACGUGCUCAAAACCCUGCCCUGGGAAGAAGACGACUUCGAGGCUAAAGUGAUUCGACUCGAUCUUCAUGCUGGCAGAAUUUACGCUAGGUACAAGCAGUUUGCUAUCGAUUUUCUGCAAUCCAAGGGCUACCACUUCCACAAAGAACUGUUGGAAAAUCCUUUCGUGGGCAUCAACGACGUGCAUGUCUUCUCCAAGCGCGGCUACUUUGUAUGAUUGUUUGGACAGUGACAUCUAUGUGUAGUCUGAAAGUCAUUUUAGAUUCGUUUCGAUGGAAGGCAAUAGGUGAGCUUCUCUGAUGAACACAGUUUUCUCUCCCGCCUCGCUUUUCUGCAACCAAUCAAAUCGGCGUUUCAGCCGAUUCCAAGAACUUGUAAGCGUGAUAAUUGUACCGCCUUUACAUGUUUAUACCUGUUGUUAAAUAAAAGUUUACAAGCAGAACAAGUUCGUGUGUAAACCUGCGGAAUGUAUAUGCUUUGAGAAUCUCGACAGAUUCUUGGUCACUUUGAAGAAGUGCUUUCAAAGUUUAUGUUCAAUUUAUAAUUAUUCCUGAAACUUACCAGCACUUUUUACAUCCAGAUUUUAAAAUUUUCUCAUGAUGAACUUCCUUUUAAUCGAUUUUCUUUCAAAAAUAUGGCUCAGGCUUUAUAUACGUGGAUAGAUGUACGGUCACUACGAAAGAAGCGAUUUAAAAUUUAAUUCAUUACAUUCCAUUAGGGAUUUUAAAAUUUGGGAAAAACUUCCGAGAAAAAUCCCCGAUGUUUUUCUGAGUAAUUUUGAAUUAUUAUCCCCUACAGUGUAUUCGUUUUGCAAUUUUUCUCUUCCCUCAAAACGCAUGGCUGCUC